AUGACUGAGCUUACAGUGCUAGUCCCUCUACACCCACCACAUGGGUGCCAACUGUGCCUACCGAUACCCCACAACUAUGCAGAUCACGCCGGCUUAGUUAAACAUCUAAAGCACAUCCAUGGCACAACCCUCCAGUUCGAAUGCAAUGCCUGCGGGUAUACUCAUGAUAAGCUCAAAGUGAUCAAAGCCCACCAGCUGAAGGCCAACGACUGCCGUGUAAGGAUAGAAGCCUGCUCGCCUCCACCCCCACUCCCGGCAGACCUUAAAAAGGUGUGCAUUCCUACGAAGCCAAGAAAGCCGUACGCUCGUAUAGCACCUAAAACAGCGCCGACUCCCUCUCCUAGCAGCGAUGAAUCCUGGAACUCGGCACCUCCGUCCCCACCAACCGAGCAUGCAGCAACACAGACAAGGAGAACCACAAGGUCCCUCCAAAUUGUCAUCAAGGAAAAUCACUCCCUGCAAGCUGAGCACACACCUAGUGCACCAGCCACUCCACCGCCUGGCAUCCAAGGGCCCAGCCAAGAUACAACAUCUGUGCAAGUACAGCCCACGCCCAACGGUAGGAGACGUCGGCAGAGACAAAGGACUUCUGCAAGACCCCAGCCCAAUGGUGAACAGCAGCUGCCGAACAUGCCAACACAGGAUGCUAUGCAGCAGCCAACAGUGUCUACAACUCCACCAGGUAGGCCAAUUACAUCCACGUCCCCUUCUAAUUCUUGUACACUCAGCUCCCCGUACCGGAGAAACGUCACUCCAAGCCCAGCCUCUCCAGCGCCCUCGCCUACACAACAUCAAGGAGAACCUACAGGAGAACUCCACCAGGACCCGCUGUCUACGCAACCACAACAGGCCCCAGACGCACCUACACCAGACGACGGACCCCCCAGUGGGUUACGGCGUGGGCAUCACAAUUUGAGGCAGCACAAGACGAGGACAUGUUGGAGGGUAUCCUUGCUGACUUCAUCCAAUUGGCCUACGAAAUCAGCGACAUCCAAGGCCCGUGGCAGUCCAACAGGAACACUGCCAAUAACACAUCGACCCGUCAAAUAG